AUGCCAUGGCGGCUAUUUGAGAUGUCGGUACAGUCGAGGGUAGGAUGCGCGGCGCGGGGCACACUUGAGUUUCGCGGAAGCCUGUAUGGAAGAAUUGGUUCGAGGCUGAGUGACAAUGUCGAAGUCCAACGAUCUUUUUUUUUCUGCUCCGCGGGAGCACGGACCACUCGUCAACUUUUUUGGCUUAUCGGCUUGACGCUUUAUCGAGGUGGAUUUUCCCCAAACAUCAUUUCUGAUCAGCAAUUGAUGACUGCUAUGGUCAAGCGAAAGGUUGAAAAACAGCCGUCGGCUGGUCCUGUCAGCGCAGUUGCUGCUUUAGCGGCGCGCAGAGCCCGGCAGCAGACAGCAAGCGAAGAUGCGCCCAAGGCUACUCCUGCGCCUGUGGUGGAAAGUGAGCCGCCCUCAAAAAAGCCACGACGAUCUCUCGAUGCGGUUGAGACUACAGAGCCGAAUGAAGAUCGUCGCAGUUCACGAACAAGGGCAGCAAAGAAGCAAGAUAAGCCAUUGCCUGCAGAUGAUCUACCAAAGCGCUCAACAAGGUCCACUCAGACUUCUCAAGUCGAAGCUCAGCAGGAAGAGGAAUCUUCUCAGGACGGCUCGGAAGCGGAGCAGGUCGCAACGGACACAGUUGAUGCCAAGGAUGAAAUGGACGAGAAUGAUGUCGCGUCUGUUGUAGGGGAUGCCGACGGCUAUGAGUCCCCCGCAGAAACACCGGCAGAGUUGCAGAAUUUCCCUCUAUCAAAAGUCCGUUUGAACAAAAGCAAUAUCGUCUAUAGUGACGAAAGUACCCUUUGCAUUCGCAUCAAGGAAAGAACAAAUCUGGCAUUGUUGGGCCAAUAUGAUCUUUGGGUCAAGAGGGGCGUUGUGAGUCUGAUGGGCGCGAAACUGCAUGCCUCUUCACAAUUGCAUCGAGUCUACGCCCCGUCAACUCACUCAUUACCGGUCAUCAAAUGUGUUUCUGGCAUUGAUGGAGAAGCAGAAAUUGAAAUCAAGUCUUGCAAUGACGGUAUUGCCCACCUGCAAGAUCUCUCGCCUCAAUAUCAAAAAAUUUGGACUGGCGAGAACACUGCUGCAGAUAAAGCCACACUUAAAGGUGCCCCCAAGGACUCGAAGCGGUCUUUCUCAGUGCUAUACACAUCUUCAGAUGACUCAUUGAACAGACAUCUCCGUCCCCUUCAUCUCGACAAAAAGUGGAGUGCUUCGAUGAAAGCCCUCUCACAGCGCCAAGGCCAACUGCGUGUGCUAGUUUGUGGCCCCAAGGCGUCUGGAAAAUCCACUUUCAGUCGGUACUUACUGAACCAUGUGCUCAGUCCAACACCUGAAACCGAGGGCGGAUAUGUGAAUACAGACGGAGUCGCUUUCCUAGACCUAGAUCCGGGGCAGCCUGAGUUCACCCCUAUGGGCCAAGUCUACCUCGCGCGUCUGCGCAAUCCAUUCUUUGGUCCACCUUUCACACACCCCUCGCUUGACGGUUCCCACGGUGGUGAAAUAGUGCGGGCGCACCACAUCGGUGCGACAUCACCAAAGGAAGAUCCUGAUCAUUACGCACUGGCUGUCAUGGAUCUCAUGGAUCAAUAUCGCACAUUGUUGGAGAAGCAUCCUCAAUGCCCUCUCAUCAUCAAUUACCCUGGCUGGAUCUUCGGACAAGGUUUAGAGGUUGCAACGUGGUUGGUCAGGUCACUAGGUCUUUCCGAUGUUGUAUAUAUGAGCGAAAAGGGCCCAUCAGAGGUCAUCGAUCCCCUGGGUCUGGCAGCCCGUGAAGCCCGUGUUCCGUUGACCAUAUUGCCAUCUCAACCCACAGACUUUGUGAGCCGAUCUAGCGCCCAACUCCGCGCCAUGCAGAUUCAGUCCUACUUCCAUAUGUCUCAUCCAACCGACCUCGGUAGCUCUCUGUGGUCUGAGGAGCCACUUUCACGCACACGGCCUUUGACUGUGGAUUACACUGGACCGCGCCAAGGUAUUUUGGGUAUCAUGGUGAUGGGAUCCCAGAUCAACCCUGAGCUUUUGCAUGAAACGCUUGAGGGUGCCAUAGUAGGACUUGUGGCGGUGGAAUCAUCAAAGGCGCUAAUGGGCGCAAUGGCACCACCCGAACCAUCAACUGACGAACAAGGCGAGACUGGUUCUGGUCUUGAUAUCGACAUGGACUCGGAGAAUCCAGCUGCGGGCAUUGAGAACUCCAUGGCGGACAACAUUGUUCGGACUCAAGAAGAUCUACCUUAUCUCUUCGUUGGAUCUGGGAGCUGCACCCCGCUACAUCCCAAGGCGUCUCAUUGCCUCGGUCUAGCUUUAGUCCGGUCGAUUGAUACAAGCUCGCAAAAGCUCGAACUCUCCACCUCGAUUCCCCCAUCCCAUAUCCAGAGCUGUAUCGAAAAAGGUCACAGUCUAGUCCUGGUCCGCGGACAAUUGGAUAACCCGAACUGGGCUAUCAGUGAGGAAUACUAUGCCGCUCGUGCUGCCGAGCGACGUUAUCAAGAUUCCACGUCUGGUCAGAAGAAAUCCGGUGACUCCGAAUCAUCCAAACAUGCUCGGACGCUUGCACUACUGCGAGAGAGGGUGCGACGAGCGAGUAAUGUUCCUUGGAUGAAUGUUGUUGAAGAUAACAGUCGGCACCAACGCGAAGUUGCAGCACGACGAGAAAAGUCGCUCUGGAAAUUGCGGAAGAAGGCAUACCCUGGAAGUGAGAGUGAGGCAGACUACUGA